GCGAGUGCUCCCGGGAACUCGGCCUGCGCGGCGGCGGCGACCCGGGGCCAGGCCCAGCACGCCGGAGCUGGCCCGCUGGGGAGGGGCGGGAGGCGCGCGCGGGAGGGUCCGCCCCGCCAGGGCCCCGGGCGCUCCCAGAGGCGGGCCGCGCUCCCAGCCAGCCCAGAGCCCAUGCCCGGCGGCUGGCCAGUGCUGCGGCAGGAGGGGCGGCCCAGCUCUGCAUGGCCCCGGCUGCUGACAUGACUUCUUUGCCACUCGGUGUCAAAGUGGAGGACUCCGCCUUCGGCAAGCCGGCGGGGGGAGGCGCGGGCCAGGCUCCCAGCGCCACCGCGGCCACCGCAGCCGCCAUGGGCGCGGACGAGGAGGGGGCCAAGCCCAAAGUGUCCCCUUCGCUCCUGCCCUUCAGCGUGGAGGCGCUCAUGGCCGACCACAGGAAGCCGGGAGCCAAGGAGAGCGCCCUGGCGCCCUCCGAGGGCGUGCAGGCGGCGGGUGGCUCGGCGCAACCACUGGGCGUCCCGCCGGGGUCUCUGGGAGCCCCGGACGCGCCCUCUUCACCGCGGCCGCUCUGCCAUUUCUCGGUGGGGGGACUCCUCAAGCUGCCAGAAGAUGCGCUCGUCAAAGCCGAGAGCCCCGAGAAGCCCGAGAGGACCCCGUGGAUGCAGAGCCCCCGCUUCUCCCCGCCGCCGGCCAGGCGGCUGAGCCCCCCAGCCUGCACCCUCCGCAAACACAAGACGAACCGUAAGCCGCGGACGCCCUUCACCACCGCGCAGCUGCUGGCGCUGGAGCGCAAGUUCCGCCAGAAGCAGUACCUGUCCAUCGCCGAGCGCGCGGAGUUCUCCAGCUCGCUCAGCCUCACUGAGACGCAGGUGAAGAUAUGGUUCCAGAACCGCCGCGCCAAGGCAAAGAGACUACAAGAGGCAGAGCUGGAGAAGCUGAAGAUGGCCGCCAAGCCCAUGCUGCCACCGGCUGCCUUCGGCCUCUCCUUCCCUCUCGGUGGCCCCGCAGCUGUAGCGGCCGCGGCGGGUGCCUCGCUCUACGGUGCCUCUGGCCCGUUCCAGCGCGCUGCGCUGCCUGUGGCUCCCGUGGGACUCUACACGGCCCAUGUGGGCUACAGCAUGUACCACCUGACAUAGAGGGUCCCACGGUCGCCCACCUGUGGGCCAGCCGAUUCCUCCAGCCCUGGUGCUGUACCCCCGACGUGCUCCCCUGCUCGGCACCGCCAGCCGCCUUCCCUUUCACCCCCACACUGCUCCAGUUUCACCUCUUUGCUCCCUGAGUUCACUCUCCGAAGUCUGACCCCUGCCCAAAAGUGGUUGGAAGAGUCCCUUAGUACUCUUCUAGCAUUUAGAUCUACACUCUCGAGUUAAAGAUGGGGAAACUGAGGGCAGAGAGGUUAAGAGAUUUAUCUAAGGUCCCCAGCAGAAUUGGCAGUUGAACAGAACUAGAGGCCGUGUCUCCUGCAUAGCUUUUCCCUGUCCUGACACCAGGCAAGAAAAGCGCAGAGAAAUCGGUGUCUGACGAUUUUGGAAAUGAGAACAAUCUCAAAAAAAAAGAGACGAGCAAGCCAGGGAGAUGAAUCCUAGCUUCUUCCAUUGGAAAAUUUAAGAGAAGUUCAACAACAAAACAUUUGCUCUGGGGGGCAGGGAAAACACAGAUGCGUUGCAGAGGUAGGUUGAAGGGACCUCUCUCUUACCAGUACCAGAAACACAAUUGUAAAAUUAAAAAAAAAAAAAAAACUCUUUCUAUUUAACAGUACAUUUGUGUGGCUCUCAAACAUCCCUUUGGAAGGGAUUGUGUGUACUAUGUAAUAUACUGUAUAUUUGAAAUUUUAUUAUCAUUUAUAUUAUAGCUAUAUUUGUUAAAUAAAUUAAUUUUAAGCUACAAAAAUUA